AUGGACAUCAUCUCAGGACAAGCUCUCUUCUCCCUAAUUUGCUUUAUUCUAUCAUGUUUCCUAAUCUUCACCACCACAAAAUCUCCUCGGAGCUAUCGUGGGGCAACAACUGCGUUGCCUCCAGGACCUCCACGGUUACCGAUCAUCGGAAACAUCCACCUAGUCGGAGAAAAUCCACAUCGUUCAUUCGCCAACCUCUCAAAAACUUAUGGACAAAUCAUGAGUCUUAAGCUAGGAUGUUUAAACACAGUGGUUAUAUCUUCACCAGAAGCUGCAAGAGAGGUUCUAAGAAAACACGACCAAAUCUUGUCUUGCCGUAAGUCCACGAACUCGAUACGAUCCAUCAAUCACCACGAGAUUUCUGUCGCCUGGCUCCCUCCGUCCACGCCUCUUUGGAGGCUGUUGAGAAAACUUUCGGUGACUCAGCUGUUCUCGCCGCAACGUAUCGAAGCCACCAAAGAUCUGCGGAUAAAGGCGGUGCAAGAGCUUGUGAGCUUCAUAAGUGAAAGCAGCAACAGAGAAGAACCUGUUGAUAUUUCUCGUGUAUCCUUCAUCACAGUUCUUAACAUGAUAUCGAACAUUCUCUUCUCAGUCGAUCUCGGUAGCUACUACGACUCGAAAAAGUCUGUAAAUGACUUUCAAGACACGGUGAUUGGUGUCAGGGAAGCUAUUGGGAAACCAGACGCUGCUAACUACUUUCCAUUUCUAGGGUUUCUUGAUCUCCAAGGUAAUAAGAAGACUAUAAAGGUUUGCUCUGAGAGGUUGUUUAGGGUUUUCCGUGGAUUCAUCGAUGCUAAAAUAAAGGAGAAAUCAUCACAGAACAAUGUUUUAAACAACGAUCUCUUGGAUGCGCUUCUUGAUUUCACUCAAGGAGAUGAAGCAGAACUCGACGUUAACGUUAUUGAACAUUUUCUCUUGGACCUAUUUACAGCAGGCACGGACACAAACUCUAGUACAGUGGAAUGGGCAAUGGCAGAGCUACUUCGAAACCCUAAGUCGAUGGAGAAAACACAAACUGAGAUAGACAGUGUGAUAGGCCAAAACGGCAACGUUCAAGAGUCUGAUAUCUCAAAGCUGCCGUAUCUACAAGCGGUUGUGAAAGAAACUUUCCGUCUGCAUCCGCCUAACCCGCUUCUUCUUCCACGAGAAGCGGAAGCUGACGUGGAGGUUCUUGGGUUCAUGGUGCUUAAAGAAACUCAGGUUUUGGUGAACGUAUGGGCCAUAGGACGAGACCCUAGCGUGUGGGAGAAUCCAACGGAGUUCCAGCCAGAGAGGUUUUUGGAGAACCAAAUCGACGUGAGAGGUAGAGAUUAUGAGUUUACACCAUUUGGAGCCGGAAGGAGAAUUUGCCCUGGAUUGAAUCUGGCUAUGAAGACCGUUCCUCUCAUAGUUGCUUCUCUUCUCUAUUUCUUUCACUGGAAGCUUCCAAACGGCGUCGUUCCUGAGGAUUUGGACAUGGACGAGACCUUUGGUCUCACGUUGCAUAAAACAAAUCCUUUACAUGCCGUUCCUGUCAAGAAACGCGUCAUUAGCUAAAUUAUUUAUUUGUACAUGUCUUUAGAUAAGCUUCUUUCAUAAGUCAUAACGUACAGAACAAUCAAGCAAAAAAACCCUAGAAGAGUUCGAUAUGUUUGCAAAUCCCAAAGGCUUUUUAUCAGAUCCUGGAUUGAAGCAACAAAGACUUCCAU